AUGUUUAGUAAACUUGCCGGUGGUACUCACUUCGUUUCGCUCGAUAUUUUCAGAGCUUAUUUCUGCAUGGUUGUAGAUGAGCUAAGUGCUAUAUUACAGUGCCUUAGUACUCAUUUAGGCGCAUUCUACGUUCACAGACUUAUGUUCGGCGUUGGCAACGCUCCAUGGUACUUUCAGAAAUUUAUGGAUGAAAUAUUAUCGCAUAUACUCGGUGCUGCGGCGUUUUAUGACGAUGUCAAAGUUCAAGGAGCCACAGCCAAAGAGUUACUUGACAGACUACGUAUGGUUUUCCAAACAUUCCGUGAACAUGGUUUGAAAUUGAACAAAGAUAAGUGUCAGUUCAAUUUGAAAUCAAUUACUUACCUUGGUUUUGUUAUCGAUGCAAACGGAAUUCGAAAAACACCAGAGAAAAUCGAAACCAUCGUUAAAUGCGAUUAUCCGAAGAAUAUCGAGCAGCUACGUAGUUUUAUUGGUCUCAUCAAUUACUAUGGCCGUUUUAUUCCGAAUAUGGCCGAUAUUCUCGCUCCAAUGUACCAAUUAAUGCAGAAAGAUGUUCAAUUUGUUUGGAAUAACCAAUGUCAAGCAGCUUUCGUUCGAUUAAAACAAGAAAUGACAGAAGAUCGUAUCCUAGUGCCAUAUGACCCUAAAUUACCUCUCGUUUUAGCUGCUGAUGCGUCAUCGUAUGGUCUAGGCGCCUGUUUAUCGCAUAUUUUACCAGGCAAUGAAGAAAAGCCAAUUGCUUUUUGCAGUCGUACGUUAUCGAAAGCUGAACGUGGUUAUAGCCAACUGCACAAAGAAGCUACAGCUAUUUACUGGGCUGUAAAAAAGUUCUUCGUUUACCUUUUUGGUCGCAAAUUUAUUCUACAUACGGACCAUAAACCGCUGACUGCGAUCUUUCAUCCCAACAAAAACUUACCUGAUUUAACUGCAGCCAGAUUACUUCGUUACGCUUGUUUUCUGUCGAAUUUCGACUACGAUAUACAGUACCGAAGAAGUGAAAAGCACAGCAAUGCCGAUUUUCCUUCUCGUUUUCCACUACCGAUUUCCAGUAACGAGAAAACUGAUGCAGCUAGUUCAGUUUUACUGCUAGAGCAGAUCAGCAUUUUACCAGUUACAAGAGCUGAAAUUGUUUCAGAAACGGCUAAAGAUCCAGCGCUAAUUCCUGUUCUCAAUGGCUUACGUUCGAAUUCCGGCCUUGAGAAAACCUGCUUCGCUGGCCAAGAAGCUGAAUUUUCGAUUGAAUCCGAUUGUAUUUUCCGAGGUUGUCGAGUCGUUGUACCUAAAGCUCUACAGCAACGAGUUCUUCAAGAAUUACAUACUGCUCACAUCGGUUCUACUAAAAUGAAAAACCUCGCUCGAAAUUACAUUUAUUGGUCCGGUAUUGAUCGAGACAUCGAAAAUAUUACAACUCAAUGUACCGGAUGUUCUCAAGUUAGAAAUAAUCCUCCUAAAAUCGAUCGUCAUCCCUGGUUGUAUCCAGAAAUAUCGUGGUAUCGUCUUCAUUUAGAUUACGCCGGACCAUUUCUCAAUAACUACUUCCUACUUGUUGUUGAUGCAUACAGCAAAUGGGUAGAAAUUUUUGUAAUGAACUCGAUAACAACUUCUAAGACGAUAUUCUUUCUUCAAGAUCUGUAUACUCGAUUUGGUCUUCCGGUUAUGAUUGUCACCGAUAACGGUCCUCAAUGGACGAGUGAAGAAUUCAAAAUGUUCAACUCUUCAAACGGUAUUAUCCAUAAAUUUUCUGCUCCUUACCAUCCUGCAAGUAAUGGGCAGGUUGAACGUUACGUGCAAGUCCUAAAAAACAGCUUAAAAGCUAGCUUGUUCGAUAGCAGUCAAAGUUCAUCCAUUACGGAAAGAGUGAAUCUGCUACUCAUUCAGCUACGCAGAACUACUCACAGCCUGACUGGCAAAACUCCGGCUGAGUUGUUAUUGCGCCAUGGUUAUCGGACCAAGUUAGAUUUGCUUAUCGAUCCUCAUACGAAACGUAUCCGUUCGGAUCAAAUUCAACAAAUCGAGAAUACCAAAAUUCGUGACAUCAAACCUGGAGAUCCAGUCAAUUAUCGAGUUUACAACGAUACGAAACGUAAAUGGGCAACUGGCCUAGUUAUUUCGAAAGGUCCAUUAAAUGCUGUGAUACGUGGUGAGAAUGGCGAAACUCACAGAAGACAUCUCGAUCAAAUGGUAUCAGCUCCUCAUGCCGAACCUUCUUCUGCAGGGGAAGGUACUAGCGAUCAACAACAAGGAACUACGUCGACCAGCAGCGAACAGCAGCCUUCAACUUCUCAAACUCAACCGUCUCAACCUGAUCCUCCGAAACCUCCUUCUACCGACGCUGAGCUCCGUCGAUCAAGUCGAUCUCAUAAAAUUCCAUCUAGAUUGGAUAUUUAG